AUGUCCCGCCUCAUGGAGACCAUCCUCAGGACUCACGAGGAGAGGAGGCCGGCCAGAGCUGCCGACGGAGACGACGAGCGUGACAUGGUGGACGUGUUGCUGAGGAUCCAGAAGGAAGCCGACAUGCCAAUUUCCAUAACCCACGGCGUCAUAAGGGAAGUGCUCAAGGAUGUAUUCGGUGCGGGGCUCGACACCACAAUGAUUACCCUGCGAUGGGCGAUGGCUGAAUUAAUGGUGAACCCAAGGAUGAUGCAGAAGGCACAAUCAGAGAUACGCCACAUUCUUGCAGGAGAGGCCAGAGUACAUGAGGCUGCCCUAAAUGACCUACACUACCUCAAAGCAGUUAUCAAGGAGACCUUGCGGCUGCACCCUCCCGGACCGCUCGUACCCAGAAUGUGUUUGCAAGAUUGCAAGAUCCAGGGACACGUCGUGCCACAAGGCGCAAUUGUGUUCACCAACGUAUGGGCAAUAUCUAGGGACCCGAAGUACUGGUAUGAGCCGGAGAAAUUCAUGCCGGAGAGGUUUGAGGCUGAUGGUGUUGCGGACUUUAGAGGCACGAACUUCGAGUUCACUCCUUUUGGGGUCGGUCGGAGGAGCUGCCCAGGGAUAGGAUUCGCAAAUGCAAAUAUUGAGAUUGCUCUGGCUAGUCUUCUUUACCAUCAUGACUGGGAGCUGCCCGCCGGAGUUAACCCGGAGGAAGUAGACAUGACAGAGGUGUUUGGAGCCACAGUUACCAAGAAGGCUGACCUGUAUCUGCAUCCCGUUCCCGGUUUCCCCCUCUUUUAG